AUGGCACAGUCGAAGCGAUCCGGCCCUGAGAUCCUGGGAGCAGCCAAGAGGGCCCGGGUUGAGCGCGAUGGGGCGGACAAGGCCUCCUGGCUCAGCCUGCUAGGUGCCCGGCUGCCAGCGAGGGAGCUUGCGCUUGCGACAGACUGCGGUGGCAGUGUUGGGCCAGUUUCGGCACUGGCAGACCUGGGGGUGCCCUUCAGGCACAUCUUCGCAUGUGAAUCCGAUCCCUCGAGUCAGCAGCUCCUGGCUUCGCAAGACUCCAGACCAGAACGGCUAUUUGGCAGCAUGAUUGGCCGAGACCGUGGUUGCUAUUGCCUUGUUUCUGGCCGCUGGAUGCCGAUGCCAAAGGUGCAGCCUGACAUCUACAUCUCCAACGCGGGCACACAUGGCCCAAACCCGGACCGCUUCUUCGCCGCUGUGAAGUACAUCAUGGAGUACCAGCCCCGGGUGGUGAUUCUGGAAGACCUCGUGGCAGCCUGCAGACAGGACCCACAGGGAAAUCUUCCGGCCGAUGCCAUCUUAGCUCUUCUGGAGCAAGCUGGAGAUUAUGAGGUGGACGCAUACCAGGUCCUGGCAUCCAACUAUGGUCUGCCCCAGCGCCGACAGCGCGUCUAUUACGUCAUGGUCGGUCGCCAGUUCCUUCGGCCUUCCCGACGGUCAGGGCAGGCUCCAGAUGCGGAGGCACGGCUGGAGCGAGUCAGAGAGGGACUUGAGCAACUGCACGUCAACGUGGCCGGCGCCAGCCAAAGCCUGGACGCGGAAGACCUCCUGAGCGAACUGGAUGGCCCAACUCUCUGCUGCCGGUUGAAUUCAGACGCGAGUGAUGCCAGCGACGGGAGCGGGAGCUCAGCAAUCGACGAAGCAACGAAAGGCAUCGAGUCGCUUCUGGCAAUGAGUGCAGACGCAAGCUAUCUGCACAGAAGACUUCGGCACGAGCUCCGACUCGCGGCCGAUGACCUCACGUACUUUUCGGAAGCCGGGCCACAGCUGGCCAAGUGGCUCCGCACCUACCGGGAAGCGGACCUGUGUCAGAUACAUUGGCUUCGCGCCCGAAGUCAGGGGCGCGAGAUCCGCUUCGUGUCCAUCUCUCAGGACGCCCACCGUGCAUCUUUGAGCUUCACGGGAGAGAUUCCUACACUGGCUGCCAACACCAGGCUAUGGUCCUACAGGCUGCAGCGUGUACUCCGCGGACAGGAGAUGAUGAUGCUCCAAGGUUUCAAGCCGCUUCACUGGCGCCUCGGGAGUCUCUCCGAGUCGACGAUCAGCCGCAUCGCCGGCAGCGCAAUGAGCGUCCACAUGAUUGCAGCCAUUCUCGCCGCCGUGCUGGCGAGCGUUGACCUCAAGGCUCCCGUGCAGGAAGCCCGUCGGCGCACGAUUAGCCUCGCCGAGCUGCGAAGCAGAUACGCGGGGAUUCGGCAGCGCCUGAAUGGUCUGCGCCGACAUGCCAGACUUGGGGCGUGA